CAAAGGAGGAAGCGACUCCAGCCAUGGCAGACGAUCGGCGUGACUAUAACCUGACCCAGGCGCAAGAAGGCAUCAAAGCCAAGUACCCUCCUAUCCACAUGAAAUACGAGUAUUUGGAUCAUACAGCUGAUGUGCAGCUGCAUGCCUGGGGAGACACUUUGGAAGAGGCCUUUGAGCAAUGCGCUAUGGCCAUGUUUGGAUACAUGACAGAUACUGAGACGGUUGAACCCCUGGACACAGUCGAGGUGGAGGCAGAGGGCCAUGACAUGCUGUCUCUUCUCUUUCACUUUCUGGACGAGUGGCUGUAUAAAUUCAGUGCAAAUGAGUUUUUCAUUCCCAGGGAAGUGAAAGUGCUUUCUAUCGACCGAACAAGAUUCAGAAUAAGGUCCAUUGGAUGGGGGGAAGAAUUCUCUUUGUCCAAACAUCCUCAGGGCACAGAGGUCAAAGCAAUAACAUAUUCAGCAAUGCAGAUCCAUGAAGAUGAAAAACCAGAGGUCUUUGUCAUCAUUGACAUCUAAAAGAAGAAAACUGGCCCGUCCUGAUGCUUUGGCAGAAGUACGAGACACUCCCAAGCAGGGGACCUGUUCCUCUGGAGAAGAAGGUGGGCCACUUGACUUGCCAUCCUGAAGGGAGAUGAAGGUGUCUGGAGCAGCCAAAUGGGAGAGAAUCUCAGGGAACGUCCCCUUCUGGGAUGACUUUGUGGAAGACGAACUGCACUAGGAAUAUUCUGAAGAGCGCACGUGUGCAGAAAGAUUAAUACUGGAGAAUAAGCAAACUUGGCUGGUGCCAUUUGUAAUUUUUUUCAAGGCUGGCUUCUUGCUUAGAAUAAAUUAGGAAGAUAGAAUAAUAUUUCUUUUGAUGAAGGAAAAGGUGGUGGAAAGAGUUAGAAUGUCAAAGUGGACUGAUUCUAUUCGGUCUUGAAUAAUGCCAACCUUUCUUCUUCAACCUCCUUUUGUCGUUUUAAACCCGCUUCUCAGAUCAGGUGGAAUUUCUUGCAUCAUCCACUUUGCCAGAGAGGAACUGAAAAAAGAUUUCUCCCACCAAAUGAUUCUGUUCCUCACCCCAUCUCCUUUCCCAGCCUAUAUGAAGCAGUUAACCCUGUGCUCCAUGUAAAUAUAGUAUGCCCAGUCUCCUGAACCAUGGUUAGGAGACACUGAGAGCAUGCUUUCCCUUCUCUACCCAAGAUGAAACAUGAACAGCUUGCUCCCCUUUCUCCUUGAACCACUUCAAACCAUGGUUCCCAGGGCUUGAAGUUAGCAUGACCAGCAUGGAUACAGACAUAACAGUGCACCACAGUUAAAACAUGGAAUGGACUGGGGUGGGUGGGGGGUGCAUGAUGGGGAAGAAGAGGAAAGGAUGCAGGUUCCGUUCACCUAAUAUUUGCACCAAGCCUUAAAAAAAAUUGUAGGAUGGGACAGAUAGUUCUUUCGAUGGGUCUGUUUUUUCACUUGUGCUCCUUUUGAUUGGGAGUGGAGAGAAUGUUUUAUGGAUCAUCUCUGUGUAUGUGUAUACUAAUUUGGGUUGUAGGUCUAACUCACUUGCGUACGGAUUGGAUUCUCAGGUGCCAUUUCCUCAGUAGCAGUGUGGAUUUCAGCAGGUUUGCCCAGAAAUGUAGCCUGUUGGCUGGACCAUUGUGUGCCCUUUGUUUUGCUGUGCAAAUGCAACAUUUUUGUGACAAAA